UCCUGUGAUAGGUUGGCCUGAGGAGGAUCCACCCAUCAGAUGCUUCAUGGGAAUGGAAGGACGCGUCUGUCGGCCAUGUUUGAAGGAGCCUUUGAACAGUUGCAGUGAUGUCAUCGGUCUUCAAAUGCAGCGUCUGAAGCUCGACGCUGCCCUCUGCUGGACAACAUCGACACUAUAGCCCUUCAGCCCCUCUGAGGGUUAAUGAUGGUUUUUGUCUCAUCGGGAGUUUUGAUCCUGCAUCAGUUCUGACACUCACGGGGGGCGGGACCUUUAACUGUCACACAACAGCUCAUUGGUCAGAAGACUCAUGUGGCUGCGAUCCAGCCAAUCACAGGCCGGGCUCGUUCCGCCGCAGCCCAGCAGGAGGACGGGUCCGGUCGUUCCGGUCGGUCUCGACAGUCCGUCAACGUGGUUUCAUUUAUUCAAGUCCCGUUGAAAAUAAUCUGUGACUCUUCAACUUCCGCCUCCGGACACCGGUGACGUCACGUGUGGUCCACGCGUCAGAAGCUAGCCAGGCAGUUAGCUGCUAACGUUAGCAGCUAGUUAGCAGCUAGCCGUCCUCCCGGGGCUCGGGGCCGGUGACACCGUCAGAGGUGAGCGCUCACACAGCUGUUCAACACCGGACACCAGGCUCCAAUCUGAUGAUGUCAUCCGUGUGUGGACCGGAAGUGACCGCGGACACACGCGACGCACCGGAAACACGAUGAGAAGUGAAACAGUGUGAGAGUUCACUGGGUCCUGACCGAGUCUGACGUCACUCAACAGAGUGUGAUUCUCCUGUUCUCGUUCCUCCUCAGCUGGUUGUUGUACGGGACCGCUCAGCCAUGAGCGCCGAGCCGGACGCCCUGGCCGUGGUCACCCAGCUGAAGGACCUGGCCGCUGACCCCAUGAACCGCAGGGCCAUCGUCCAGGACCAGGGCUGCCUGCCGGGACUCAUCCUCUUCCUGGACCACCCCAACCCUCAGGUGGUCUACUCCGCCCUGCUGGCCAUCCGGUACCUGGCCGAAUUUCGAGCCAACCGGGAGAAGCUGAAUGGAGAACUGGGGAUGAUGCUGAGCCUCCAGAACGUCGUGCAGAAGUCGACGACCCCCGGAGAGACCAAGCUGCUGGCGUCCGAGAUCCACGAGCUGCUGCAGGCGUCCGGCGCCGCCGACCCCGAGCCGCCCGACGAGGGUGCCGGCGGCCGCCGCAAGGCCCACUUCUUCCUGGGCUCCAGCAACAAGAGAGCCAAGACGGUCGUCCUCCACAUCGACGGGCUGGACGACUCGGGUCGGAGGAGUCUGUGUGAAGAGGCUCUGCUGAAGAUCCGAGGAGUGAUCAGCUUCACCUUCCAGAUGACAGUGAGGAGAUGCAUCGUCCGCAUCCGCUCAGACCUGAAGGCCGAGGCGCUGGCGUCGGCGAUCGCCUCCACUCAGGUGAUGACGGCGCAGCAGGUGGUGAAGGGAGAAAACGGAGACGAGGUUCUGAUCCCGUUUGUGGAGGACGGCUCGGUGGCGGUGGAGCAGAACGUGGACGUGCCCGACUACCUGCCGGAGGACGAGAGUCCGUCUCAGGAGCCCGACAAGGCAGUGACCCGGGUGGGAUCCGGCCAGGACGGGGCCAGCUGGGUUGGCACCGCUGCUAACUUCCUGUCCCGCUCCUUCUACUGGUGA